UACAGGAACCAGGCUGAAUUCCCCAUGAGUCCUGUGACUUCAGCCCAGGGUGGAACCUACCGAUGCUACAGCAGAAUCAGCUCCUACCCCUCCCUGCUGUCGGACGCUAGUUACCCCCUGAAGCUUGUGGUCCCAGACAGGGGCUCUCUGUGGCCUCAAGCCAUCCUCCCGCCUCAGCCUCCUGAAGUGCUGGGAUUCCAGGCGGGAGCCACCACGGCAGGGCCUGCAUUUCUCCUCUGUGCUCACGGCAGCUCAGCCUGGACUGCAAAGCCAGGUGUCAGGUGCGUCUCUGUUGACCUGAGCCUGCCUGCAGCACGGACCUGCAUCUUCCCUGAAGCAACUCCAGGGCUGGAGAGACGAUGGCCAUAGUGAGGACCCUGCACCUCUGUGCUGAUGGACGGGCUGAAGGAGGGAGGGAGACCCCAUGAGGAGGCUGUGAGAGGGAGGAGGAGCCCACUCUCACCCUCUCCUGAAAGGGGCUGACUCAGGAAGGAACCAGGGCUAUGUGCUGCUGUGUCCCAGCCCUCAAUGAAAUAAAGAUAAAUCAGACAGAGAAUGGUCCUGGGGCAGGGAGACCCAUUUCUCUUUGUAAUGUCUGCAGAGAGGCGGGUGCCCGUCCCCACCACAGCCCAAAAUGAAAGCCAGGCUCCUGGGGAGGGCAGUUCCCCUUCCUGUGGGCUGUGGAUGAGACAACCCCAUGACAAGAAGCACUCAGCCUCCGAGCAGCCACACCCUGGAUGUCUCCCUGUCCUGCCAGCACCAAGGGCUCAUCCAUCUGCAGAGCCCGUGGCCACUGGGAAGCGACGCCAUGACCCCCACCCUCACAGCCCUGCUCUGCCUUGGGCUGAGUCUGAGCCCCAGAACCCGCGUGCAGGCAGGGCCCCUCCCCACACCCAUCCUCUGGGCUGAGCCAGCCUCUGUGAUCAUCUGGGGGAGCCCCGUGACCAUUUGGUGUCAGGGGAACCUGGAGGCCCAGGAGUAUCAUCUGGAAAAAGAGGGAAUCCAAGUAGCCUGGGUCAGACAGAACCCACUGCAACCCAACAAGGCCAGAUUCUCCAUCUCAUCCAUGUCAGAGUCCCAUGCAGGGAAAUAUCGCUGUUACUAUCUCAGCCCUGCAGGCUGGUCAGAGCGCAGUGAGCCCCUGGAGCUGGUGGUGACGGGAGUCUACAGCAAACCCACCCUCUUAGCCCUGCCCAGCCCUGUGGUGACCUCAGGAGGGAACGUGACCCUCCAGUGUGGCUCACAGGAGGGAUAUUUCCAUUUUGUUCUGAUGAAGGAAGGAGAACACCAGCUCCCCCGGACCCUGAACUCACAGCAGCCCCCCAGUGGGUUCAGGGCCCUGUUCCCGGUGGGUCCCGUGACCCCCAGCCACAGGUGGAUGUUCAGAUGCUAUUACUAUUAUAGAAACACCCCCCAGGUGUGGUCACACCCCAGUGACCCCCUGGAGAUUCUGAGCUCAGGCGUGUCUAGGAAGCCCUCCCUCCUGACCCCGCAGGGCCCCGUCGUGGCGCAUGGAGGCAGCCUGACCCUGCAGUGUCGCUCUGAUGUCGACUACGACAGAUUUGCUCUGUACAAGGACCAGGGAGUUAACCUCCUCCAGGGCUCUGGCCAGAAGUUCCAGGCUGGGCUCUCCCAGGCCAACUUCACCCUGAGCCCUAUAAGGGUCUCCCACGGGGGCCAGUACAGAUGCUACGGUGCACACAACCUCUCCUCCGAGUGGUCAGCCCCCAGUGACCCCCUGGACAUCCUGAUCUCAGGACAGAUCCCUGACAGACCCUCCCUCUCAGUGCAGCCGAAUUCCACGGUGGCUUCAGGAGAGAACGUGACCCUGCUGUGUCAGUCACAGGGGUGGAUGGACACUUUCCUUCUGACCAAGGCGGGAGCAGCUGAUGCCCCCGUGCGUCUACGAUCAAAGCACCAAUCUGAUAAGGACCAGGCUGAAUUCCCCAUGAGUCCUGUAACCUCAGCCCACGCGGGGACCUACAGGUGCUACAGCUCACACAGAUCCAACGCCUACCUGCUGUCCCUCCCCAGUGACCCCCUGGAGCUGGUGGUCUCAGGACCCUCUGCAGGCUCCAGCCCACCACCCGCAGGGCCAACCACACCUGGUCUGGGAAGGUACCUGGAGGUGUUGACUGGGGUCUCCAUGGGCUUCGUCCUGCUGCUCCUCCUCCUCCUCCUCUUCCUCCUCCUCCGACACCGGCGCCAGAAGAAACACAGAACCUUGGACCAGAGAGAGGCUGAUUUCCACCAUCCUACUGGGGCUGUGGAGCCAGAGCCCAAGGACAAGGGCCUGCAGAGGAGGUCCAGCCCAGCUGCUGAUGUCCCGGAAGAAAACCUCUAUGCUGCCGUGAAGGACACACAGCCUGAGGACGAGGUGGAGCUGGACACUCGGGCUGCUGCCUCUGAAGGCCCCCAGGAUGUGACCUACGCCCAGCUGCACAGCUUGACCCUCAGACGGGAGGCAACUGAGCCUCCUCCCUCUCAGGAAGGGGCCCCUCCAGCUGAGCCCAGCAUCUACGCCACUGUGGCCAUCCACUAGUCCAGGGGGACCCAGACCCCACACUCAACAGAAGGACACUCAGAAGACAUGGGAGCUGCCCCCAGUGGACACCAAUAGACCCCAGCCAGCCUGGACCCUUAACACAGACCACCAGGAGGCACUGGGAACUUGUGGGACUCACCUGACUCAAAGAUGACUAAUAUCCUCGCAUUUUGGAAAUAAAGCAGCAGACCUCUCAAUAAUCAGUGAGUCAAUAA